AUGAGCGACGGCAAGGACACCCUCGACCUCUCCGCCCUCGGCGCCGCCGUCCCCAACGCCGCAGGUUCGUUCGCUCCCCCGCCUCUCCCCCUUGCUGCUGUUGCCGUUGAUGGGCUGCGAGGUCUUAUCGGUUUCGCUGGUGGUGGUUUCGAUGCAGAGCUCAGCGCCGAGGACAAGGCCAACCUCGUGGAGUCGAUUAAGAACACGCUGCAGGGAUUGGCGGCGCGGCACACGGACGUGCUCGAGAGCCUGGAGCCCAAGGUCAGGAAGCGCGUCGAGGCGCUCAGGGAGAUCCAGAGCCAACAUGAUGAAUUUGAGGCAAAGUUUUUUGAGGAGAGAGCUGCACUUGAAGCUAAAUAUCAGAAGAUGUAUGAACCACUGUACUCAAAGCGUCAUGAUGUUGUCAAUGGUGUGGUUGAGGCAGAAGGCGUAACCAAAGAUUCAGGUGAAGCUGCUCCAGAUGAGAAAGAGGAAAAGGGUGUGCCAGAUUUCUGGUUGAAUGCAAUGAAGAACCAUGAAAUCCUUGCUGAGGAGAUUCAAGAGAGGGAUGAGGAAGCUCUCAAGUACCUCAAGGAUAUCAAGUGGUACAGAAUUACUGAGCCAAAGGGUUUCAAGCUUGAGUUCCACUUCAAUACUAAUCCAUUCUUCAAGAAUGAAGUGCUUUCAAAAACGUACCACAUGAUCGAUGAAGAUGAACCAAUCCUAGAGAAGGCUAUUGGAACUGAAAUUGAAUGGUAUCCUGGAAAGAGCUUGACACAAAAGGUGCUAAAGAAGAAGCCAAAGAAGGGGUCGAAGAACACUAAACCUAUCACGAAAAUCGAAAAUUGCGAGAGCUUCUUUAAUUUCUUCAGUCCACCUCAAGUUCCUGAUGAUGAUGAGGAAAUUGAUGAGGAUACAGCUGAGCAGUUGCAGAACCAGAUGGAGCAAGAUUAUGAUAUCGGAUCUACCAUCAGAGACAAGAUUAUUCCACAUGCUGUUUCAUGGUUUACUGGAGAGGCCGCUCAAGAUGAGGACUUUGAUGGCAUCAUGGAUGAUGAUGAAGAUGACGACGAAGAUGACGAGGAGGAUGAAGAUGAGGAUGAGGACGACGAGGAAGAUGAAGACGAUGACGAUGGUGAUAAGAAGAAGGGCGGGCGAGUUCCUGCAGGGGAAGGUCAGGCAGGGGAGCGGCCCGCAGAGUGCAAGCAACAGUGA